AUGCCAACUCAGCUCCACAAGCGCCAAGGCUACAGAUGCACUAUUUCUGGGGAUUAUCCCUAUGACCUUCUGCAGCCUCCCCCAGGGGGAUAUCAGGGUGAAAUGAGAACAUCGCAUAUCAUCCCAUUUUCCCUGAAUAACUUUGAUGAUGCCAAUUCGUUGUCCCUGAACAUUGCUGCAAUUACAUGGGACAUACUAGCAAAAUGGGGCUCCUUCCCCAUAACAAAACUCGGUGGGGAAAAAAUAAACCGACCUGCCAAUGCUCUGCUUCUCCGAGGUGACCUCGACUUAGCAUUUGGGAAUUUCCAUUUGUGGUUUGAGCCAAUACUAGGAGAAGAAAAUAGUUACAUCAUCCGCACCAUCGGGAACACUCGUCAGACAGGCAAGAAGAUCGCUCUUGUCAAUCACUCCGAUGAAGCUAUUGACCUCCCCGAUCCUGAAAUCCUGGCUCUGCAUGCAGCCUUUGCUCAGGUCUUAGAUGCGAGUGGUGCAGCAAAGUACAUUGAAUCAUCAUGGCAUGAUAUGGAACAGAUUCAUAUGUUGGCCACAGAUGGAAGCACACAUGCUCAUUUGUUGCAUGUUGCUUUGUGGAAGCUCCUCAUUGUGUAA